AUGGGUCAGGAGGAUCAGGAGGUGCUAAUAAGAGGCGGCAAGGCCACUAGCACAUCAGCCGAAAGUUUGGAUAAUAACAAUGAGCAGUCCUACGAGCAGUCUUCCAUAAAUCAAGGGUUUAGUAAAAAUUACGGUACACUCUCACCACCAUCGCCAACACUCACAGCGGAUAAUCUUACUUACUCUUGGUAUAAUUUGGAUGUUUUCGGUGCUGUGCACCAGCCGGGUUCGGGUUGGAAGCAACUGCUGAAUCGUGUAAAAGGUGUUUUAUGCAAUGAACGUCACAUUCCUGCGCCGCGCAAACACCUCUUGAAAAACGUUUCUGGCGUCGCUUAUCCGGGUGAAUUGCUAGCGAUCAUGGGCAGCUCUGGUGCCGGUAAAACUACACUUCUGAAUGCGAUUGCUUUUCGCUCAUCGAAAGGUGUACAAAUAUCUCCAUCCACCGUACGCUUGCUCAACGGUCAUCCGAUUGAUGCCAAGGAAAUGCAAGCACGUUGUGCUUAUGUUCAACAAGAUGAUCUUUUCAUUGGUUCACUCACCGCACGAGAACACCUCAUUUUCCAGGCAAUGGUGCGUAUGCCAAGGCAUACGACGAAAAAACAAAAGAUACAACGUGUGGAUCAGGUUAUACAAGAUCUCUCGCUGGGAAAAUGCCAGAAUACUUUAAUUGGCGUGCCGGGUCGUGUGAAAGGCUUAUCCGGUGGCGAACGUAAACGCUUGGCAUUUGCUUCGGAAGCGCUAACGGAUCCACCACUAUUGAUUUGUGACGAACCUACUUCGGGUUUAGACUCAUUUAUGGCACACAGCGUCGUACAGGUGUUGAAGAAACUAUCGCAGAAAGGCAAAACAGUCAUAUUGACAAUACAUCAACCAUCUUCCGAGUUAUUUGAACUUUUCGACAAAAUAUUGCUCAUGGCUGAAGGUAGAGUCGCCUUUCUGGGUACACCGGGCGAAGCGGUAGACUUUUUUUCAUACAUCGGAGCUCAAUGUCCGAACAAUUACAACCCAGCAGAUUUUUACGUACAAGUUUUGGCCGUUGUGCCUGGCCGGGAAGCGGAGUCACGUGACCGUAUAGCCAAAAUUUGUGAUAAUUUUGCAGUUGGAAAGGUCUCUCGCGAGAUGGAACAAAAUUUUCAAAAACUGGAGAAAUCCAAUGGCUUAAACAAAGAGGACGAGAAUGGAUUUACAUAUAAAGCUUCAUGGUUUAUGCAGUUUCGUGCGGUCCUUUGGCGCUCGUGGCUGUCAGUGUUGAAGGAACCGUUAUUAGUGAAAGUGCGCCUAUUUCAAACGACGAUGGUUGCUGUUCUUAUUGGACUGAUCUUUCUGGGACAACAAUUAACCCAAGUCGGUGUGAUGAACAUUAACGGUGCCAUUUUCCUAUUUUUAACCAAUAUGACGUUUCAGAAUGCCUUUGCUACAAUAACUGUUUUUACAUCCGAACUGCCUGUAUUCAUACGUGAGACGCGCAGCCGACUUUAUCGCUGUGACACUUACUUCCUCGGGAAAACAAUUGCCGAACUGCCACUCUUCUUGAUUGUUCCGUUACUCUUUACAGCCAUCGCUUACCCAAUGAUUGGCUUGCGUCCUGGUAUUGAUCAUUUCCUAACAGCGCUGGCGCUUGUUACAUUGGUUGCCAAUGUUUCGACAUCUUUUGGCUAUUUGAUUUCGUGCGCCUGCUCGUCGACAUCAAUGGCGCUCUCCGUGGGCCCACCUGUUAUCAUACCAUUUCUACUUUUCGGCGGCUUCUUUUUGAACUCCGGCUCGGUGCCGGUGUACUUCAAGUGGCUGUCGUAUUUAUCGUGGUUCCGUUAUGCCAAUGAAGGAUUAUUAAUCAACCAGUGGGCUGAUGUAAAACCUGGCGAAAUUACUUGCACUUCAUCCAAUACCACCUGUCCUAGCUCAGGUGAGGUUAUACUGGAGACGUUGAAUUUUUCGGCGAGUGAUUUACCAUUCGAUUUUAUUGGAUUGGCUUUGCUCAUUGUUGGUUUUCGGAUAUCCGCGUAUAUAGCAUUGAGAGUGCGCGCUAGACGCAAAGAGUAA